UGACAGUCAGGAAGCAGAAGUCCCGUUGUUGUGAGGAGGGCUGGCUGCUGUGUAGGUUACAAAUAACAAUAAAAAGGGAAUAUCGUUCAAACAGAUCACUAGCCGAACCAUUCGGCAAAAUGAUUCCAACGCAAGAUGCAUCAGCGAGGAAAAAGGAAAUCGACGAGAAACUCAGACAGGAACAGGACACUCUCUCUUUUAUUCGAAAGAACUUGGAGAAAAGCGACCAGUUAACAAAGGGCAUGGUUUCCAUCCUCUCCUCCUUUGAAAGCAGAUUAAUGCAGCUGGAGAACUCUAUCAUCCCGGUCCACAAGCAGACAGAGAACCUGCAGCGGCUGCAGGACAAUGUGGACAAGACCCUGUCCUGUAUGGACCACGUCAUCAGCUACUACCACGUGGCCAAGGACACCGAUAAAAUCAUCAAGGAGGGUCCCUCAGGGCGGCUAGAUGAAUACCUGGCUUGUAUUGCUAAAAUCCAGAAGGCAGUGGAGUACUUCCAGGACAACAACCCUGACAGUCCAGAGCUCAACACAGUGAAAGCCCUGUUUGAGAAGGGCAAGGAGCUGCUGGAGGCAGAGUUCCAGAGUCUGCUGACCCGCUACAGCAAGCCGGUGCCGCCCAUUCUGAUCCUGGACCUGAUUGGAGGGGAGGACGAGCUGGACACCCAGGAGGAGGUCAUCCUGGAUCACCUUCCUGAGACGGUCCUGCAGGACAUUAUCUGCAUCUCGGGCUGGCUGGUGGAGUAUGGGCGUAAUCAGGAUUUCAUGAGCGUGUACUUCCAGAUCCGCUCCAGUCAGCUGGACCGCUCGUUGAAGAGCCUCAAGGAGCAUUUCCGCAAGAGCAGCUCUUCCUUGGGGGUACUGUACUCCCCGGCCGUGCAGAACAAGCGCAAAGACACACCCACCAAAAAACCACCCAAGAGACCAGGCACAAUUCGUAAGGCUCAGAACCUUCUGAAACAGUAUUCUCAGCAUGGGCUGGAUGGGAAAAAGGGGGGCUCUAACCUCACGCCUAUGGAAGGUAAUGCGUUUUCAUCUUUCGGGGCAGUGUUUACCAGACGCUCUGGUUUGCCCAAGGAUAAACCCCCUCCAAUCUGUCUCCACUGCUCUGGCACCCAACUAGGUCACGAUCACGACCUGAGGGUUAAACACCUCUCCGACGCCCUGAAUGAGAGGCAUGGGGCUGCUGCGGGUAAGGAUGACGUCCUGGAUAUCGAGAUUGACUCCUACAUCCACUGUAUCAGUGCCUUUGUGAAGCUGGCGCAGAGCGAGUACCAGCUGCUCAUUGAAGUUAUCCCCGAGCAUCACCAGAAGAGGACCUUCGACUCGCUCAUCCAGGAAGCCCUGGACAAUCUGAUGCUGGAAGGAGACAACAUUGUGUCGGCAGCCCGUCGAGCCAUCAUGCGGCAUGACUACUCCGCUGUGCUCACCAUAUUCCCCAUCCUCAAGCACCUGAAGCAGACCAAGCCUGAUUUCGACCAGGUCCUGCAGGGCACAGCUGCCAGCACAAAGAACAAGCUGCCGUCCCUCAUAACAUCCAUGGAAACCACAGGAGCCAAAGCACUGGAGGAAUUUGCUGACAGCAUCAAGAAUGAUCCAGACAAAGAGUACAACAUGCCCAAGGAUGGGACAGUUCAUGAACUGACUAGCAAUGCUAUUCUGUUCCUCCAGCAGUUGCUGGAUUUCCAGGAGACAGCUGGGGCAAUGCUGGCAUCACAAGAAACAAGUUCAUCAGCAAGCAGCUACAGCUCUGAGUUCAGUAGGAGACUUCUCAGUACAUACAUCUGUAAAGUUCUGGGCAACUUGCAGCUGAAUCUGUUGAGCAAAUCCAAAGUGUAUGAAGACACCGCGCUGAGUGCAAUCUUCCUGCACAACAACUACAACUACACCCUCAAGUCUCUAGAGAAGUCUGAACUGAUCCAGCUGGUGUCUGUGACCCAAAGGAAGGCAGAGACCCAGUACAGGGAGCUGAUUGAGCAGCAGAUCCUGUCCUAUCAGCGCAGCUGGAUAAAAGUGACAGAAUAUAUUACAGACCAAAACAUGCCUGUUUUCCAACCCGGGGCUAAGUUAAAAGAUAAGGAACGACAGAUGAUUAAAGACAAAUUUAAGGGUUUUAACGAUGGUUUGGAGGAGCUGUGUAAAAUCCAGAAGGUGUGGGCCAUCCCUGAUAAAGACCAGAGAGAUGCCAUCCGCCAGGCGCAGAAGAGGAUGAUAACGCAGGCGUACAGGGCCUUUCUGCAGAGAUAUACCAACGUCUCAUUUACUAAGAACCCAGAAAAGUAUCACAAAUACAGACCAGAGCAAGUGGAGGCAAUGAUUGAGAGACUGUUUGAUACAUCAGCAUAGACCCCAGCCUGCGAUUGAUCGCCUGUCCUGCUCGGCAUGGCCCGCACUGCCUCCGCCUUGCUUAAGAGACGCUCAAGAUUCACUUUUGUAAAUUAAUUAUUUUAUACAUUAAAUAAAUAUAUUGGA